AUGCAGAGGGAGGUGUUUCAGCGGCAGCUUUCUUUGGCAGCAGAGCUGGGUUUGCCAGUCAAUGUCCACUCUCGCAGCGCGGGACACCACGCCAUAGAGGAGAUCGUCCAAUCAGGACUUCCUGCCACGUCAGCAGCAUUGAUGCAUGCGUUUGAUGGGCGGUUGGUGCAUGCUGAACGGGCUGAACGGCAUGGCGGUUUCUUCUUUUCUGUGCCACCCUCUGUCGUCCGGUCACCACAAACACAGGGCCUUCCUCUUUCGUGCCUUGUGCUGGAGACGGACUCCCCUGCGCUUGCUCCUGAGAUGGGUGCCACCAAUGAGCCGUGCAAUAUUGUGGUGUCGUGUAGGGAAAUAGCUCGCAUUCAUGGUGUGACUGUUGCUGAAGUGGCCAAGACCACAUCUUCACAUUCUCCAAUGGCUGCCGUCACUCUUUCACAGACAGCCACGGCCUCGUGCCGUGCCACUUUCAGCUCAGUGAAGCUCGAGUCGAAGCUCAAGAGGUCCGUCAGCCUCGCCGUCCAGCCCGCCUUUGCCUGGAAGUCUGCUGGCGUCGCUUCGACUGCCUCGUUCAAGGGCGUCGGCUCGGUUGUCGUCCGAGCGGUCGCGGAGGAUGUGCAGGGUGGCGGAAACUACGGUGCUCCUCGCGAGAUUCCAGGCACCAAGAUCUAUGUCGGCAACUUGCCGUUCAACGUCGACAGCGAGUCGCUCGCUGAGAUCUUCCAGGAGGCUGGCGUCGUGGAGCUUGUCGAGGUUAUCUACGACAGGGACUCUGGUCGCAGCAGGGGUUUCGGUUUCGUCACGAUGAGCACCCCUGAGGAGGCGCAGUCUGCCAUCGAGAAGUUCGACGGCUCAGAACUCGGCGGCCGCAUGCUCAAGGUCAACAUGCCCGUUCCCCGCGGCGAGCGCGAGAGGGGUGCUCGCAACGAGAGGCCACGUGGCGACAGGCCCCGUUUUAGCGGUAACCAGGGCAACAAGCUUUACGUCGGCAACCUGUCGUGGGGCAUGGACGACAUGGCUCUGGAGGAUCUGUUCGCUGAGUUCGGCAAGGUGCUCGAGGCCAAGGUCGUCCUGGAUCGCGACUCCGGCAGGUCCCGAGGGUUCGGCUUCGUGACCCUGUCGAGCGACGCGGAGGUGCAGGAGGCGAUCUCGAACCUUGAUGGAGCUGAUGUUGACGGCAGACAACUGCGGGUCAAUGUCGCUGCUCCCAAGGUUUGA